GCGGUGCGUCCGCCCGUUUGCCCGCGCGAUGCCGGCAUAUCCGCGGGAACUAACAUGUGGUUACCUCUCUCGGGAUAAGUACUUUCCUCUUGUCAACCAGCCGAGUAUGUACUUUAUCUUCGUCUGUAACACUCCGCGUACGGAAUAAACAGCGGAUCAGCUGAUUGCGUGGCCGGCGACACGCCUCUACAUGUGCUUACACACUUACUACGUCUGUGCCAUGGUGUAUAUGAAUGUGGUCAUUGCCGUAUGAGGAUUGACGCCGGGUGGUUAUUGGCCCAUAGCGAGUGCAAGAUGCGUCUGAGCUCGUACUUGCUGUUCAGCAUCUUGGCAGUACGCGUGUCGCCAGAACCUCGUCGGUUACCGGUGAUCCAGCAGCCGCCACACCACGUGGAGUUCACCAACGACACGGGCACCACGCUGCGCUGCGCCGCUCGCGGGAAUUACCAGCUGGACUGGGUGCUGCAGGACAGCUCUCCCGUGACGUCCCUGCAGGGGCUGCGCCGGGUCCUGGCCAAUGGUUCGCUGGAGCUGACCCCGUUCCCCGCAGACCAAUACCGGCGGGACGUCCACGCAACCACCUAUAGGUGUAGGAUCACUUUUAGCAGCGGAUUCGCUGUCCUAUCUAGGAAUGUACACGUCCAUGCUGUUAUCAACACACCAUGGGAAGUCCACGUACCCGAUGAAUACGUGAUAGCAGGCAACGCCGCGGUACUCCGCUGUGUGGUGCCUGCACACUGUACCGACAGGGUCGACGGGACAGAAUGGUACACUGAUGAUGAGAUCAGUGUGCUCAAGUAUUUAGGUCCUAAAUACCAGCGUCUGGAUGACGGCUCGCUGUACAUUAGCGACGUGAGCCCUGACGACCGGUACAGCACGUUCCGGUGCCGGGUCCGGGACCGGCUGUCCGGAAACAUGUACUCCAGCCAGUAUUUUGGUCACAUAAUAGUGACAGAGCCCAAAGGGGGAGUGAGACCUCGUGUAGCGGUGGAAGCGCGGUCACGCCGGGUGCAAGCCGGGCAAGACGUCCGGUUGCCGUGCGCCGCUCACGCUUGGCCGGUGCCUAGUUACAGGUGGUUUCGUGAUCACCACGAACAGCUGAUACCCAUAGAGAAGACUUCUCUAUGGGCGCGGGCCAGCCUGCUGGGCGGUGGCCUGCUCAGCAUCCAAGGAGUGAGGAGAGAAGACUCCGGCAGAUUCGUCUGCUGGCUAAACAACACCGUCGGCGGCGAGUCUGUACACUUCAGCCUCAUUGUUAUAGAUCCGAUCUCCGUCCGCGUCAAGCCUGAGGUGUUACGAACAAAAAUAAACUCGGACAUCACAUUCGAGUGCAAAAUUUCCGGACAUCCCGUGGAAAUGGUCUACUGGGUACACGACGCAAGAGUGUUAAAAUCUAAUGAAAGAGUUAAAAUAACCGAAGAUGGGUUGAGACUACAUAUCAAAAACACGCAAAGAGAAGAUGAAGGAUUUUAUCAGUGUUUUGGAAGUAAUACCAGGGAUCAAGCCUAUGGAAUAGGAGAAUAUGCUAUCAGUAAUGUGACCGACGGCCGGCCGCGGCCUGUGGCCAACCGCUCGAGGCGAGCGCCUUACGCUAGAAGCUCUCACACACACGACACAGACUGGAAUUUCACUGGAACGAGAGAAUCUAAACCGGAGUUGGUGUACUGGUUUUCUGAACAAACUCUCCAGCCUGGACCCAGCGUGUCCCUGAAAUGUGUGGCCAUGGGUCAUCCCCCGCCACAGUUCACGUGGUUACUAGAUGGUUUUCCCAUACCCACAAAUCCAAGAUUUGUGGUCGGCCAACACGUGACAUUACAAGACGACGUGGUCAGCCAUCUUAACAUCAGUCGAGUGACAGAACAAGAUGGCGGCGAGUACGCGUGUGUCGCGUCGAACACGGCCGGGAAAUCGACACAUGCAGCCAGAGUGAACGUGUAUGGACUGCCUUAUAUACGAGAGAUGCCUAAGGUUACUGCGGUGGCCGGCAGCGAUCUGAACAUCAAGUGCCCGGUGGCGGGAUACCCUAUAGAAUCUAUCACUUGGGAAAGAGACGGACAGACGCUGCCUCUGAACCGGCGGCAGAGGGUAUUUCCCAACGGGAGUCUCAUCGUGGAGCAGACGCAGCGAGCCGAGGACGCGGGCACGUACACGUGCCAGGCGGCCAACCGACAGCGACACGCCGCCCGCAGGGACGUCGAGGUGCAAAUAUUAGUCCAACCAAAAAUCUUGCCAAUCCAGCCGUUAACGAACCUGCUGCGAGAAGGAAUGAGAGCAGCUAUAUCCUGUCAGAUUCUAGAGGGAGACUUACCCAUAGCGUUUCGAUGGGAGAAGAAUGGACAGCCCGUGACAUCAUCUCCAUAUGCGCCGAGCGGGAUUAUCACUAGAAGAAUGGAUGAGUAUAGUGCUUCGCUGGUUAUAGAACACAUAACUUCGCUGCAUAGUGGAAACUACACAUGCAUAGCGUCCAAUGUGGCUGGUUCCGAAAGGUUCACAGUACCUCUCACUGUAAAUGUUCCACCCCGAUGGCGACUGGAGCCGAUUGACGUGGCCGUGGCGGCCGGCCAGGACGUCACCUUGCAGUGCCAAGCGGAAGGGUACCCCAAACCUACUAUCACCUGGAAAAAAGCAGUCGGUAACACACCGGGAGAGUACAAGGACUUCAUGUUCGAAGGCAGCUCCAGGGUUUUGGAUAAUGGAUCCCUGGUCUUCGAAAGAGUAGCCAAAGACAGUGAAGGACAUUACCUUUGCGAAGCAAGAAAUGAUAUAGGCGCUGGGCUAAGCAAGCUGAUAUUUUUAAAAGUAAAUGCGCCCGCUCGUUUCCCAAUGAAAAGCAAGACGGUGCAAGUGACGGCGGGGGAGGCUGCUCACCUGCAAUGUGCUGCGUCUGGAGACGCUCCUCUGGAGGUCAGCUGGAGGAGUCCGCACCACCACACUAUAGCCCACCAUCUAGACCAGAGGUAUACCAUCCGAGAGCAAGUCCUAGAUGACGGUUUAGUUUCUGAGCUGAGUAUAUUACAAACGUAUCGACAAGACACCGGUGCUCUGACUUGUAGAGCUUCCAAUGCUUACGGUCAAGACGAGAUGCUCAUUCAUUUGGUUGUUCAAGAGGUACCAGAGAUGCCGAAAAAUAUCAGAAUAAUAGAUCAACAAUCAAGAUCUAUUCAAAUAUCUUGGACUCAACCAUAUGCUGGAAACAGUCCAAUCAUCAACUACAUUGUCCAAUAUAAAGAAGCUCCAGAACCUUGGCCGACGACCCCUCAGAAAGUGAUAGUUCCUGGCAGCGUGACAUCAGCCAGCGUGCAGAACCUGCAGCCGGCCACGUCCUACCACCUGCGGAUCAUUGCUGAGAACAGACUGGGCCAGAGCGAGCCCAGCCAGCUGGUGCAGGUUACCACUACAGAAGAAGUGCCCAGUGGACCACCUCUAGACGUAAGAGUGGAAGCAAAAAGUUCAACCGAACUGAUUGUAAGUUGGGAGCCCCCUCAGCGAGAUCUUUGGAAUGGAAAUAUUCUCGGCUACUAUGUUGGUUUUCAGGAGCUAAAUAGCAACAGCACAAUUCUAAGCGCCAGCGGUCCUGGUGGCGCGUCAUACACAGUCAGAACAGUUGAGGGUGCCGGUACGGCCAGGGCUCGGACUACAUUGUCAGGGCUCCAAAAACAUGCUUCAUACGCUGUAGUCGUCCAAGCGUAUAAUAGCAGAGGAGCCGGACCUGCGUCUCCUCCUACCACAGCUACUACCAUGGAAGAUGUUCCUAGCCUUCCACCUGGAGCUCUUCAGUGUACAGCGCUGAGCUCCCAAUCAGUCAGAGUUUCAUGGGAGCAACCCCCCAUGCGGGGCCGAAAUGGUGUGGUCCAGGGGUACAGGGUCACGUAUGCUCCCGUCACCGAUUGGUAUGGAAACGAAGAGGCGGUAACAAAGCAAAUAUCAGGAUUACACACAACCCUGUCUGGACUCCGACGGUAUACCAACUACUCGGUGACGGUCUGCGCUUUCACUUCGGCAGGAGAUGGCGUAAGGGCAGCUCCUGUUUACUGUCAUACUGAAGAAGAUGUUCCAUCGGCUCCAGCUGAUAUAAAAGCGGUAGUGUCUUCGCGAAAUAAAAUACUCGUGUCAUGGCUUCCCCCGACGGCACCAAACGGGAUUCUCGUUGGGUACACUCUAUACAUGAGCGUCAUUGAAGAUGGGCGAGAGGAGGGAACUCACAAACGAAUGCUGUCACCGAGCACCCUGUCCCACGAAACAGCACGGUCUCCACCGCGAGCCACACAUCAGUUCUGGGUUUCUGCCAGUACCAGGCUUGGCGAAGGAGAGGCUACUCGGGUGGUCACCGUGCUUCCUUCCGACUCAGUGCCAGCAAGAAUAACGUCAUUCAGCCGAAGCAUAGUAACGCCAUGGAAGGAGAACAUCUCCCUGUCCUGCAACAAGGUCGGCUUCCCGUCGCCCACUACCACCUGGAGCAUGAACGGUGCUACUCUGGAAUCUACAUUACGGAAGAACGUUACUGCUGAUGGUACACUUAUAAUUAGCAUGACCCAGUACGCAGACAGCGGUAACUAUACAUGCUUCGUGGAGAACGCGCACGGUCACGACGAAGUGACUUACAGCGUGGAAGUGAAGGUUCCGCCGCAGCCUCCAGUGCUUGCCGUCGUGAAUUCCUACGCGGAUUCCCUGCAUCUACAGUGGAGCGACCAGGGCGAUGGAGGAAGCCCUAUUCUAGGCUAUGUGAUAAACUACAAACGCGAGCACGGCGACUGGGAAGAGCUGCAGGUGGAAUUGGGUACAUCAGAACACGUGCUACCAAACCUAUGGUGCGGCACUCGGUACCAGCUGUACAUAACCGCGUUCAAUCGCAUCGGGACGGGGUUGCCGUGUGACAUCGUUCAUGCUUACACUAAAGGGACUGUGCCAGUAAAGCCGAAGCACUCGCAGAUGAUAACUCUGAACACGACGACAGUAACAGUAUGGCUCGACUCGUGGGGAGAUGGCGGCUGCGGCAUUCUCUACUUCGUCAUCGAGUACAGAGAGAUCAGCCAAUCACAGUGGCGCCUCGUCUCAAAUAGUGUGCAAGCCACAGAAAGAGUGUUCAGCGUGACGGGACUGACGCCAGCUACUCAGUAUCAGCUGCGGAUCACAGCGCACAACAAUGCUGGACACGCCGUCGCCUUGUACAACUUCACCACACAUUCUUUAUCUGGAAUGUUGGAUGGCGAGCUAUCCCCACCAGCUCCAGCUGCUGGUUCCAGGUCUUUGGGUGGCGCUCGAGUAAUAUUACCAGCUGCACUGUCUUUGCUGGUAUUAGGUGCCCUUAUCGCGAUCGUGCUACUAGUACGAAGAAAUAAAGCUGGUGGAACAGAGACUGUAGCUACGGAGAGUGGAGUCGGUGAAUCGCCAUCAGUCGCACAAUUGCAGAACAAAGUGAAUCGAGAUCAACAGUAUUUGGCCGCCAGAGCCCAGCAUCCUGCACCACAACAUCACUACAAACAUGCAUCAAAUGAAUACAUCGAAGACAUUUGUCCAUACGCAACAUUUCAACUGACAAAACCCACGGCGUACAGCGAGAGCAGCUACAGCGGAAACGUAUACAGUGGACCGUACCAUUCCGUGCGCGGUUCCUUCGUUUACCAUGAUCUAAAGCAAAAUGAUAAAUAUAAGGGCAAAGAACCGGAAUAUACAAAGGUUAGAAGAAAAGGAAAUAGGCUUCGAGACCCACAUUCGGAGAGUCAAGAGUCGGACAACUUGGGCUCGACGGACUCGGAGGUGAAGAAGAUACUAACGCUGCACCUGCCCAUUACAGAGUACGAGGAUGAUGCGAGCGACGACGGCAGCGCGCCGCACUCCGACAGCGAGCCCGCCGCGCGGCUGCGGCCCGCGCAUCCCACCACGUACCCGUCAGUGGAGCGUGAGGAAUCAUCUUCUUCAUCGGAGAACUCUGUGGGCGGCGUCGUGCGAAAGGCGUUCCCGUCUCGGAAGGGCAAGGCCGGGGCCCUGGGCAAGAGACACGUGCGCUCCUCCAGCGGGUAUAGCAGCCACAACGAUGAAACUACGUUUAGUAUAUCAAACUACCCAUCGUUCAACGAACACAUACACCCUCCAUCGCGGUUCUCGGACGACACUGAAUGCGAGGGCCACCACCGGCGCAAGCGCGGGCCUCACCACCACAAUCCGGACGGGAAAAUCACUAGAGAGGCAUUCCAAAUCAAUGUUUAAAAUUUAAAAAAAGAAGUGUAAAAAUGUUCAUGAACAAUCAAGUGAGCCAACUUUGAAAAACAAAUCUUUAAGAAAAAACAGACUGAAAUCUAACGGAAGCGUUCUAAAAUUAAGUUAAAUUACAUUUUCCGUCUGAAGAGGGGCUGGUUUGAAGCUUGUACCGUUUGUUCAAUAUUUGACAUUCAAUAUCAUAGAGAAAAAUGAAUCGGACGACUAGCUUUCAUUUUAGACUUUUUUCUAAUUUUGAGGCCUAAGACAAAAUAAAGAUUUUGACUUUCCAUAAAUAAUAAGCUUCGGUAUUCGCCAGAGUUUACGUUUGUAAUCUGAUUAACGAUCAAAAUCAUGCAUGAUUAAUGUAGUCAGUAUUUGGACUCAGUAAUCAUGAUUGACGAUUACCGUAAUGUUUUUGCUCAUCUCAUCCAUCAUCUCUCUCAACAACGUCAUUAUGAAAGUGACAAUGAUGGCAUGGAAUAAAUAUUUAUAUACUUAAAAAAUUGUUAAUAGUAUAUGCAUACCACUACUUUACAUAUUUAUAAAUACUUUGUGUAUUAUGUAAUUUUGUACUGUACGAAUGCUCUUUUUGAUGACGAAUGAAUAACGAAUAUUACUUAUUAAGUGACUAAACUAACUACUAUAUGGAUAGUAGUAUAUCAAAUAGAUGAAUUAAGCACUUUGUAACGCUUUGACGAUAUAGAUUUUCUAUAACUGUUGCCAAAUUCUAAUAAACUUCCGUACUGUAUAUAUAGAUGUAGAUAGGUAGGUAUAGCCAAAAUAAUUACGUCUACUCUUAGUGCCAUAUAAUAAUAAUUUUUUAUCUCCAAAAUUUAAAUAUUUUAUCAAUUGGAAAGAAUACUGGCUGGAAUAAUCAAUGCUGAAGGCCGGCGCAAACCGUAUAUUAUUAUAUAUACGUAAUGCGUACAGCUGGCUACUUGGACGCGUACUUUACGCAUACGUUACAAUUCCAUACAAUAAACGCACACGCAAACGUAUUACGCAUUAAGUCUACACCUUAAAAGUCCUAUGACGGAACCAAACAAACACAAUUUUUUGCUAUUCAUUUUGCUAUGAACCUGAGGAAAUACAGAUGACAAUUUACAUUUUUUAAUCCUUUAGUUUGUCCUAAUAGCAAUUAUAUUUUGUUUGGCUCCCUCGUAGUUUACCCCAAAGUUAUGUAAAUACCAUGUUAUAAUUACAUGUACUUUCGACUAUCUAAUAUAAAUAAGGAGAACAAUAAUUAAAAUAUAAAAAUAUAUUUUAAACUUAAUGCCUUAUUGACCAAAGUCUUAAAACUAGUUACGGAUGUAAUUUGAGACGUUAUAUCCGAUAUUUAAUUACGAAUUGUUUGAUUGUUGUAAAGUUUAUGAAAACUAAUUCGUUUUCAUUAAUUAAAAACUUAUCAUCUAUAACAUAAGAUUUGAAUGGUGUAAUCAUAAUCAAAUAAUGAGGAGUUUCAUUACUACAUAUUUUAUACUGUAGUAAAUUAUAAUAAAGCGUUUGUAAAAGUGCCAACAUAAAAAAAACAUCAAAAUUUAAUUAAUACCGUGUAAGCAACUUCUUUUCCAUUCGUGCAAACUAAAUUUUAAAUUUUCUAAAUCACAGUCGAUCGUUAUUCCGAUGUUGGAAAAGAUAUAAUUAACAUUAGUACAUAAUAUUAUGUAAAUAAUUCGUAAAAAAAUUAGAUGAAAAUUGUUAAAAUAAAUAUGUGGAUAGUAAAAGAUAUUUUUUUCAAGCUGUUUUAUGUUUGAGGGUGUUGAUGUGUCAUACUCGUAUUGUGUAUUCAAGUAUCAACUACAAUAUUUAAAAAAGCCUGUCGACGACUGAUAGUUUUCCUAAUAAUAUCGAUGUUAAGAAAAGACGUUCUGUAUUUAAUUGUAAGGGCCGGACUCCAUUACUUCGUUGUGCUUCGUUAUAUUCCAAAGUUUUGACAUUGACGUGAGUCAAAUAUUCAUACAAUUUCUGCGUUGUCCGUCAAUGGACGGACAAAACAAUAAGACGACGGAGCAAUUGUGUCGCGGUUUAAGAAGGAAAAGAAAACGAAAAGUCUAGAAAUAUGACAAAUUGACAGGAACAUUUUGAAUUACAACAAUGUAAGUAUAUCAAUACAGUAGUGGACAGGCUUAGCAUAUUUCUAUUCACCGUAUCUCGCUUUACGUGAAAUAAUCGAUGUAAAAUAAACAAUCAAAUAGAUAUUUAGCAUAAUGAUCCUCAGUAACACAAGACAAUACACUUAUAUAUAGUUUGGUGAAUACGGCAGAAAGUUAAAUUUGUAUGUACAUGGUCUGCAACUGUAGCAUAGUCUAUGAGUGUUGAACACUUAGACCUUGGUCACAGUGGUUAAGGAACGAGUGAUUAUGUUGAAAAAUAAAGUAACAGAAUUUAGAGUAUGAUCUUUUAAAAUCGGUAAAAACUAAAUGCGUAGGUAUGCGUUUAUUAAACAUCACAAAUUCAGGCUAUAUUUAGACUUGCCAGAACGCCCCAUACCAAUCACCUACUUAUGACAUCAUCAGUAGGAAAUAAACUUUCAAUAAAUCAACCCACUUGUACAAAUUCAGGUGAAAAAGUAAAGAUGAGUUCAUUUAAAAACAUUAAUCGUAAUAUUGUAUAUUUUAUUAAUUUUGAUACAUUGUCUGGUCCCCUAUUCCAUCCAACAAACUACGCAUUACGCAUUCGGUCUGCACCGUUAAAAGUUCAAAUUUUAAAUUAAUACCAUAGUAGGGAUGUCACGUUCGCACCACUAACUACCUUGACCAAGCCCUACGCGAAGUUUUGUAUUCAAUAACACAUUUUAAGUGAGUUGUGUGAUUUUUAAUAAUUUACAAUCGUUUACGUUGACUCCCUUUAGUAACUCCAACGAAGACUGCCCUAUAUUUAAUUGAGAUCUAUUUUAUAUAUACUAGACACAAAUACCUAAUGCUAGUCAAUCGGAGAUCAAAUACCUAGUUUAAUCUUUACUAAAAUGUGACAAUCUCCAUGAACGAAGUACUUAUGACUGAAUGAAUGGAUAUUUCAAUCGCUUCGUAGAUGUCAUUGACUACUACCAUUGUUAAUUUAAUUGACUUUGUUAUUGGAAUAUAUUUGAAUUGUGCAAAUCGCAAUACCGUCAUAAGUACCUUUUCAUGUAGAUUCUCACAAUUAUUUAAAAUGUUAUUAUAACUUUAAGUUAAUCGAAUCGAGGUUGCAAUGUUUUAAAAUUACUACGAAUUUUGUAUAUUAUCAUUUAUAUAGCCACUCGAGAUCUAGUCAACAUACCAUAUCAUUUUUGGGAAUUUUGUUAAUAUACAUUAACACGUGAAUAUUGUAAAAGUUAGUUAUCAUGUUGUUAUAAUAUGUUUUUAUAAAGCAAACGAAUGAGUUAUUAGGACAGUAUGAUUGUGAACGAAAAUAAAAAAUAAUAAUUUA